GUCCCUGAUCAAUCCAAUCCUGCGUAAGUUCUUUUCUCUUCUUCUUCUUCUUUUUCUUUUUCUGUUUCCAGUUUGCAAAGAUACCCUGUACAAUACAUAUCGUCACUCGGCCGAGUCCCGGAGCCGGAAAGGGAUCACCCUCGAGGAAAAGAGGAAAAGAGUCCCCUGGGAAUGUCUAUAAGAACUGCGUCCAUCCGCUUACUGUCUUGUAGUUCUGGAAGAAGAGCUGUAGCACCGCAGACAGCAAUCAUUCCUUCGCAUUUGCAGAGCAUUCGGAAUAAUCCCUUGAUCAUACACAUCCGCAACAUGGCGUCCAUCCCUACCACCCAGAAGGCUGUCAUUAUCGACAAGACGGGAGGCCUUGAGGUCCUUCAGUAUAGGACUGAUAUCCCCGUCCCCACUGUCGUCGACGGCCAGGUCUUGGUCAAGAAUGACUACUUGGGUGUCAACUUCAUCGACACGUACUUCCGUUCGGGCCUGUACCCAGCACCGCAAUUCCCGUACAUCCUCGGCCGCGAGGCAGAAGGCACUGUCGUCAAGACGGGCGGCGGGAACCUGUACGGGUUGAAGGAGGGCGAUAGAGUUGUCUGGCUCGGCGAAAGCGCCUACGCACAGUACACCGCAGUCGACGCCUCCAAAGCCAUCAAAAUCCCCGCCGGCGUAGCGCCCAAGAUUGCCGCCGCCGCCUUGCUCCAAGGCCUAACAGCCUUGACCCUAGUGCGCGAAGCCCACCGCGUCGAAAAGGGGGACUGGGUCCUCGUCCACGCCGCCGCCGGCGGCACCGGCCUCUGGCUAGUGCAGCUGCUCAAGGCCAUCGGCGCCAACACCAUCGGCACCGCGUCCACGCCCGAAAAGGUCGACCUGGCGCUCAAAGCCGGCGCCACGCACGUGAUUAACUACAGCCACGAGGACGUGAAGCAGAAGGUGUCCGAGCUGACCGGCGGCAAGGGCGUCAUCGCCGUGUUCGACGGCGUGGGAAAGUCCACCUUCGAUCUGAGCUUGGAGGUCGUCGCGCGCAAGGGCACCCUCGUUUCCUUCGGCAAUGCGUCGGGCCCCGUGCCCCCGUUGACGAUCGCCCGCCUGAGCGCCAAGAACGCCCGCUUGCUAAGGCCUACGCUGUUUAACUAUGUGGCUACGAGGGAGGAGCUCGAGUACUAUACUAAUGAGCUGUUUGGCUUUAUUACCGGGGGGAAGAUCGACGUGCGUAUCCAUGAAGUGUAUCCCCUGAGCAGUGUUGCUCGUGCUCAAGGCGAUCUCGAGGGUCGGAGGAGUACGGGGAAGUUGUUGUUGGAUCCUUCGAAAUAAGGAGGGACGGAUAGAUAAGAUGGGUUGAAGGAGAUACAUAGUUUUUCGUAUGUAGCUUCAUCGCAAACCAAUUUAUACUCUCGUGAAAACUAUGGGAGGUAUUCUAUGAAUAAGUC